GGCCACGCAGACAAACAACCACCCGCAGCGCUAAGAGCCAAAAAGCCGCCCCCCUUCUCUUUUUCUUCUCUCUCUGUCUCUUUCUCUCUCGCUCUGCUGGGCUAAAGCGCCAGCAGGGGAGCUGAGGGGCAAAAGGAAUAGAAAAACCCAACCCUGUGCCCAAGUCCUCUGCCUUUUGGGCCGCCCCUUUUUCCUCGAAAGGAGAUGUUCUCUGGUGUGAUCCACCGCUCGGAAGCUUCGGUUCCCCAGGAGGAGGCCCACGGCCUGAGGCUCGUCCUCACGGCGGACCCCAAGCCCCGGCUCCGAUGGACGGCCGACCUCCAUGAGCGGUUCGUCGACGCUGUCGCCCAGCUCGGAGGGCCAGAAAAAGCAACACCAAAAACUAUCAUGCGAACAAUGGGCGUGAAGGGGCUUACUCUUUUCCACCUGAAGAGUCAUCUUCAGAAAUACAGAUUAGGCAAGCAGUCCGGCAAAGAAAUGACUGAUCAAUCCAAAGAUGUUGUUGAAAUUUCAGCUUCCUACCCUUCAGAAACCCUGAGUAGCAGUGGUUUAUCUCCAGGAGUGCCAGCUCCUGAUGUGAAUGAGGGUCAGGAAGUUAAAGAGGCAUUAAGAGCACAAAUGGAAGUACAGCGAAGACUGCAUGAACAAUUAGAGGUCCAGAAGCAUGUGCAGAUCCGAAUGGAAGCCUACCAUAAAUACAUUGAUUCCUUAUUAGAGAAGGCAUGUAAGAUUGCCUCAGAACAAAUUGCCGCGAGUGGCUUCAAUGCGACUGGGCAUGACCUCCCAGACCUGGCAACUGGGAUCAUAUGCUCCCCAUCUGAUCCACUGAGCCCGUCGGUGUUUCACCAGUUAUCUGUGGGAGCAAUUAGUUUGCACAGCCCUGGAGGCAAGACUUCCCCCUCUUCGGCUAUCGAAGGAUAUCUCUUUUACCACCAGAAGGCCCCCGAACUGAAACGCAGGCCAUGCUGAACUCUGGUUGUAAAGAUUAAGACAAUGGCAUUGGUUUCUCUAAUCCUUAGGCGAAGCUUACUAAAUUUUUAGGGACAAGCAAGUUAGGCCAAUGACUGAAGUUGAGCAAAAUGUUGUCCUCUUGUAAGGCUGGGUUGAAAUUCUCACAUAAGACUCCUUUUGUAAUGGCUCUCCACCAAACAAGCUUCUGUCUUAAUGUUCUUUGGUUAUUUGGUCUUCAGUGCUUAUCCUCUGCAUAGGAGAAGCAAGCUUUGAUGUUUUACUGAUUAUUUUCAGCUGUUGAGAUAUCGGAUCACCUGAUUGGUUGGAGUUGUCUGCAGAUAAAUAUGAAAUGAAUGUUGCAUAGUAUGACACAGAAAGGUAUAAAUUUCAAGCCACGUUAUUGG